GCACUCUAUCGCCUUUCACUCGCUCCCAACAACUUAAAAUGCUUCUCACUAUUUCAAGUCGGCACAUCCGUAAUUCCACCAUGACCAACACGGAGGGUCGAGCUAUCUUCAUAACAAAUACGCCUUGGACAUGGCAGACGCGUACUACUACGAUACGGAAAGUCAGGAAUGACACUGCGCAGCCCAAAAGUGAUCGAUUCGAUGUUCUAUCUGAGAUCGUUUGGAGCUCAUUCAAUUCGCCAAUAUUUCGCUUACACAGUAAUGGGCCUCGUGCGAUAGAUUAUAUACAGAAGGAUGGAAAACGAGAGUUUGUAUUCACUGGUCCAGAUGCACGAUCAUACAUAUGGAGACUGUAUGAUAAUGUUUCUCUUGAGCUAAACGAUGGGUCAGAAACGCCUGUAGCUCACUUUCACGGGAGUAGCUGGAGCACCGGCGGCACAGUCAUUGAGCCGUGUCUCGAAAUAUUUGCUGUCGGGGAACACAUCGUGGAUAUCAUUGUAACAACUUUCGUUUAUGUGGAGAAACUAAAGAGGCUCGAACGAAAAGCUACCUCCUAUCCCACGCGCGGCCAUGCGGGCAAUGGCAUUUAAGAUGUACAGCCCUGGACCCUUGCUCCACUAAGCUCGUGCAGCUUCAAGUGCUUGCUUCAAUCACUAUGCCGAGAGAAUGGUCAUGGUAUGGUCAGCUUGCAGACUCAGCUUUGAAGCUGAUGAUGCGGAUUUAAACAUUUAUUGGAUAAGGCAAAGGUUCUGCUGAAGUACUGCGGUAUUAUAUGCUGCAGUGCUGUCGUAGUUCUGAACUAACCAACGGAACAGCUCAGGUUUUUUACUCUUUUGAUUGGUUCUAAAGAAAAACUAAGACUUUCUUUGUACAUCUAUGACCCAAUACUGUUGGCUACGUAGAAUCACAUGCACAUACAUUCAGCACUGUGUCCGCAGCAUACUUAUAUAGCGAAUAAUAUUAAUCCAUUUGUGUAGCCCUCAGCG